AUGGCGACGGCCGCCUCGCCAACUUCCCUUUCCGCCCACCAACUCAACGACCCGCCCGCCCUUCUCCCCAUCCCGCCCGCCCCAUCCCGCCUCCCAUUCUCCCUUUCCCGCCUCCCCCAUCUCCACUCCGCGUCUCGCGUUAGUGACUCCGAAACUCCCCCGUUCUGCCUCUCUGUUGCCCUUUCCAACCACCCUCCUGCCUGCCUUAAUACCCCCUUCCAACCUCGGCUUUCCCUCAGCCUGCCUCCUAAUAUCCCCUUCCAACCUCCCCAUCUCCCCUUCCUGCCACCCCAUCGCCAUGCCCUAACCUGCACGCUCCUCCCCUCCCGUUUCAUUCAUUUCGCUCACCUUCCUUGCAAUGCCCUACCAUGCCCCCUGCCCGCUCUCCAGUUUCGUGUCCUUUGUAGCUAUUGCCAGCCACCGCUGCUUCAACUGCUGCUGACGGCUACCACCCCUCAGCAAGACGUCCAGCCUUUCCCUUCGCAUUCUCCCUUUCCCUUCCAGCCCAUUUGUUCCGCCUCUAUCCAUGCCGCCCUUCUCCUCCCGCCCUUCCGUUGCUUCCCUUCCCCUACAGCCCCACCCUUUGUGGCCUUUUCUUCCUGCCUUUUUACAUCACCUGCUGCCAUUACCUUCAUCGCCUUCCCAACCCGCCCUUCCCUUCCCGCUCAUACCUUCCCUGCCCUAACCAUCCCUGCACUUCCCUUCCUUCCCGCCGCUUCCUGCACUUUCCUUUUCUGCCCUCCGCUUCAUGCCCUUCCCUUCCUUCCCUCACAGCCCGCCAUGGCGCUCGCCUGCUCUCGAGCGUUCCUCUCGUGCAAGCCGCAUCGACUCGUUGUUUCAAUCCCCGCACCGCGGCCCGCAUCAUCCUCCGCAAAUCGUGUAGCUGCUGGCGGCGCAACAAAGCCACGGUCAUGCGGUCUGCGGAGAGGAGCGGGUCACUGCUCCCCCGCAGCCGCACAACCCGCUGUCUGGACCGCCGCACCUGAAGCCGCCGUCUUAGCGCGUACCUCAGAGAAUCGCCCAAUCAAAGGGGAAAGAAUCGGUCAACGCGCGACCAGCAAGCUCGAAGCGCGGUGGCAGAGAUGGUGCGGACGGGAUGGGGAGGGUGCAGCAGCGGCGCGGACUAUGCGUUGUGGCAGGCAGUGGGACAGCCCCGCAUGGCCGCACGGGGUGCGCGGGGAUGUAGCGUAUGGGGGGGGCGGUAUGGCGCAUGUGAUGCGCGGGCGGUCACCAUGUUGCGCGCCAUCCCUGUCUGCUGCACGCCUCGCGCAUUCCGUGUCCACGCCUGCCGGUGUGGAUAGUGGCGACGAUAGCACCCUUGGCGUCAGCAGCAGUGGUGGUGGCGAUAGUGAGGCCGAGGCGUCUGAUCCAUGGGUGGACGGCGUGCAGCGCGCAGCAGGGCGGUUGACGGGCGGGCAGAGUGCAAUCCAUGACGGCGCUGCAAGGCAUGAUAGCGGUGAUGCGCGGAUUCAUUCUGGGAACGCUGGGGACAUGAAGGGGGAGAGGGAAGAGCAAGAAGAGGAGGAGGAGGAGGCAGCGGUGAGGGACAGAGAGUGGAUGAGGGAGGCAGUGGAAGAGGCACAGAAGGCAGCAGCGGAGGGGGAGGUGCCAGUGGGAGCGGUCAUGGUGAUGGACGGUGGCGCCCUUGUUGCCCGCGCACACAACCUCAGCGAGGCCAGUGGGGACCCCACGGCCCAUGCGGAGAUGCUGUGCAUCCGAGCGGCAUGCACCCACCUCGCCCACUGGCGCCAACUGCAGCACUGCACACUAUACGUGAGCCUAGAGCCGUGCCCCAUGUGUGCGGGGGCUAUUCUGCAGGCGAGGGUGGGGCGCCUCGUGUGGGGCGCUCCCAACCCGCUGCUGGGGGCUGAUGGCAGCUGGAUCAGGAGCCUGCAAUCAACCUCGCCCUGUUCUCAACCCUCUCGUCGCUCUCCUCUUAACACUCCCUUCGCCCGCCUCCCAACACUCCCUUUGCCUGCCUCCCAACCCUCCCUUCGCCCUCCUCCCAACCCUCCCUUCGCCCUCCUCUCAACCCUCCCUUCGCCCUCCUCUCAACCCUCCCUUCGCCCUCCUCUUAACCUCUCGUCGCCCUCCUCUCAACCUGCCUCAACUCUCAUUACCACCUCAUGGGCUGCUCCUCUUGCAAUUUUCGCACACCGCUCAUCCUUCCAACUCUUCAUUACCUUUCCCCCCCUCCCCACCUCCACUGCUGCCCCGUGCUGCCCCAUGCUGUCCUCUCACAGCUUGUUCCCGCCACGCCCUUCAGCACAUGGCUCUCCCUCUCACCGCCUGCCACCCGGAUCUGCUCCCGCACAGGGCACACCUGGCCGGCGCAGGCGCAGAAGGGGGAGGAGGACAGACGGCGAGGCGGAGGGGAGCGAGGAGGAGAGUGGGGUGCGUGGAGCGGUGGAGAGCGAGGACGGGUCCGGGGAAGGGGCUGUGAAGGAAGGGGGCGUGGAAGCUGGUGGGGAUAGAAGCCAAGGGGUGGUGAGGAAUGAGGUGGUGGGAAAGAGUGAUGAGAAGGGAGGAGGAGGUGAUAUGGCACAAGGUGGGGAGUGUGUGAGAAGCAACGGUGCGGACAGGGGCGAUGACAGCCAGGCCGAUGAAAGAGGAGAUGAAAAGAGCCUGGGCUCUGGGCGUGUGGAGGUAGAAGGGCUGGACAAGGCAAGGGGGAGUGCGGCGUUGAUGGGUGAGGGGCAGAGGGCGUUGGAUCACCCGGGUGUGGGAAAGGGAGGGCCGGUGCACCCAUUCCAUCCGCACGUGCGCGUGACAGGGGGCGUGCUCGGGGAAGAGUGUGCGGAGGUGAUGAGGGAGUUCUUCAGGGCCAGGCGCAAGCAGCAGGCCGAGGAGAGAAGGGAGCGCAAGGCAAGGGAAGGGCUUGCGGGAAGUUGA